AUGAGGUUUAUAAUAGGGAAAACCAAAGAUGAGACGAAAAUGGCAGAGCUUACAAGGGAAAUCGCAGAGCACGAUGACUUUAUACUGCUCGAUAUCGAGGAGGGUUACAGUAAGCUCCCAUACAAAACUUUGGCUUUCUUCAAAGCUGCAUACGCUCUAUAUGAUUCAGAGUUCUAUGUCAAAGCUGAUGAUGAUAUAUAUAUCUGA